AAGCCUGGUCCCGUGGCAGCCACUCUCUGGAGGAGGUAUCUGAAAGCAGCUCGAGCACAGACCCACUGCCUCACGGCUACCUCCCUGAUUCUUCUUCUGUGUCCCGUGGGCCAGAGGCAGGGGUGACAGGUGGGCCCCAAGCACUGGUGCACUCCAGUGCACUCCCAGACCCCAACAUGCUGGUGUCUGACUGCACGGCUUCCUCCUCGGACCUAGGAUCGGCCAUCGACAAGAUCAUCGAGUCCACCAUCGGGCCCGACCUCAUCCAGAGCUGUAUCACUGUGACCAGUGCUGAAGAUGGCGGGGCUGAGACCACACGGUACCUGAUCCUGCAGGGCCCAGACGAUGGUGCCCCCAUGACAUCACCAAUGUCCAGUUCCACCCUGGCCCACAGCUUGGCAGCCAUCGAGGCCCUGGCUGAUGGCCCUACAUCCACAUCCACAUGUCUGGGGCCACCUGGGGAGGUGCAGGGUGGGCCCAGCUCCCCGGUGCAGCCACCCCCAGCUUCUGGUGCUGAGGAGCCGGACCUGCAGAGCCUGGAGGCCAUGAUGGAGGUGGUGGUGGUGCAGCAGUUCAAGUGCAAGAUGUGCCAGUACCGGAGCAGCACCAAGGCCACACUACUGCGCCACAUGCGAGAGCGGCACUUCCGCCCAGCAGCAGCAGCUGGUAAGAAGGUACGUCAGCGGAAGUGGGGCACCUUGACCAAGACCCAGGAGGAAGAGGGACCAGAGGAGGAGGAGGAGGAAGAUGACAUCAUAGAUGCCGGUGCCAUUGACGACCUAGAGGAGGACAGCGACUAUAAUCCAGCUGAAGAUGAGCCCCGGGGCCGGCAGCUGCGUCUCCAGCGCCCUACCCCAAGUACUCCAAGACCCCGAAGGAGACCUGGCCGGCCCCGGAAACUGCCUCGCCUAGAGACCUCAGACCUCCUAGAUGGUGUGGAAGGAGAGCCUCUAGUGAGUUCCCAGAGUGGACAGAACCCUCCAGAGCCACAGGAUUCCGAGGUCCCCAGCUCCUCAGGCCCAGGCCACCUGGUGGCCCCAGACAAGGCCAGCAGGAUUGCCCUGGAACCUGGGGUGAGUCAGUCAGAUGCAGAGAAUGCAGCACCCUCCUGUCAGGACGAGCCCGCUGCCCCACCCCGCCGCCGUGGUCGCCCCUCCAGGCGCUUCCUGGGCAAGAAGUACCGCAAGUAUUAUUAUAAGUCACCCAAGCCGCUUCUGAGGCCCUUCCUAUGCCGCAUCUGCGGUUCCCGCUUCCUGUCCCACGAGGACCUGCGCUUCCAUGUCAACUCCCACGAGGCUGGCGACCCCCAGCUCUUCAAGUGCCUGCAGUGCAGCUACCGCUCCCGUCGCUGGUCCUCGCUCAAGGAACACAUGUUCAACCACGUGGGCAGCAAGCCCUACAAGUGUGACGAGUGCAGCUACACCAGCGUCUACCGGAAGGACGUCACCCGCCACGCAGCCGUGCACAGCCGGGACCGGAAGAAAAGACCAGAUCCGACCCCAAAGCUGAGCUCCUUCCCCUGCCCUGUGUGUGGCCGCGUGUAUCCCAUGCAGAAGAGACUCACGCAGCACAUGAAAACACAUAGCACUGAGAAGCCCCACAUGUGUGACAAGUGCGGGAAGUCCUUUAAGAAGCGCUACACCUUUAAGAUGCAUCUGCUCACGCACAUCCAGGCCGUGGCCAACCGCAGGUUCAAGUGUGAGUUCUGUGAGUUUGUUUGUGAGGACAAGAAGGCACUGCUGAACAGCUGUCCCAUGUCAGCGACAAGCCCUUCAAGUGCAGCUUUUGUCCCUAUCGCACCUUCCGAGAGGACUUCCUGCUGUCCCAUGUGGCUGUCAAGCACACAGGAGCCAAGCCCUUCGCCUGUGAGUACUGCCACUUCAGCACACGGCACAAGAAGAACCUCCGCCUGCACGUGCGCUGCCGCCACGCCAGCAGCUUUGAGGAGUGGGGGCGGCGCCACCCUGAGGAGCCCCCCUCCCGCCGUCGCCCCUUCUUCUCUCUGCAGCAGAUUGAGGAGUUAAAGCAGCAGCACAGUGCAGCCCCUGGACCACCCACCAGCUCCCCAAGCCCUCCCGAGAUCCCCACCGAGCCAGCACCUUUUCAGUCACCCGAGACACCCUCACUGCUCUGCUCCGACACCCUGGGUGGCGCCACCAUCAUCUACCAACAAGGAGCUGAGGAGUCUGCUGCAAUGGCCACCCAGACAGCCUUGGAUCUGCUGCUGAACAUGAGUGCCCAGCGGGAACUGGGGGGCACCGCCCUGCAGGUGGCCGUGGUGAAGUCAGAGGACGCGCAAGCAGAGUUAGCGUCUCCUGGUGGGCAGCCCUCCCCUGAAGGGGCUGCUUCACAGGUGGUGACCCUCCACGUGGCAGAGCCAGGGGACAGUGUGGCAGCUGAGAGUCAGCUAGACACCUCUGACCUGCAGCAGAUCACCCUGGCACCUGGUCCGUUUGGGAACACUGGCUACAGUGUCAUCACAGCGCCCCCUAUGGAGGAGGGGACCUCAGCUCCUGGCACUCCUUACAGUGAGGAGCCCCCAGGGGAGGCAGCCCAGGCUGUGGUGGUGAGUGACACUCUCAAAGAAGCUGGCACCCAUUACAUCAUGGCUGCUGAUGGGACCCAGCUGCACCACAUCGAGCUGACUGCAGAUGGCUCCAUCUCCUUCCCGAGUCCAGACACCCUGGCCUCUGGAGCUAAGUGGCCUCUACUGCAGUGUGGGGGGCUGCCCCGAGAUGGCCCUGAGCCUCCGUCUCCAGCCAAGAUCCACCAGGUGGGAGAGCCCCAGAACUCUGUCUCCCCACCGCCUGCAGCCAGCAAAGCCCUGGGCCUGGUAGUGCCCCCCUCACCACCAUCCACAGCCACCGGAGCGUCAAAGAAGUUUUCCUGCAAGAUCUGUGCCGAGGCCUUCCCUGGCCGAGCAGAGAUGGAGAGUCACAAACGGGCCCACGCUGGGCCCAGUGCCUUCAAGUGCCCUGACUGCCCCUUUAGUGCCCGCCAGUGGCCCGAGGUCCGGGCCCACAUGGCACAGCACGCCAGCCUGCGGCCCCACCAGUGCAGCCAGUGCAGCUUUGCCUCCAAGAACAAGAAGGAUCUGCGGCGGCAUGUGCUCACCCACACCAAUGAGAAGCCUUUCGCAUGCCACCUCUGUGGGCAGCGUUUCAACCGUAACGGGCACCUUAAGUUCCACAUCCAGCGGCUGCACAGUCCUGACGGGAGGAAGUCAGGGACCCCUUCAACCCAGGCCCCAGCCCAGGCCCCGACCCAGACCAUUAUUCUGAACAGCGAUGAUGAGGCCCUGGCCACUUUGCACACUGCACUCCAGUCCAGUCACGGGGUCUUGGGCCCAGACAGGCUGCAGCAAGCGCUAGGCCAGGAGCACAUCAUCGUGGCCCAGGAACAGACGGUGACCAACCAGGAGGAAGCCACCUACAUCCAAGAGAUCACCACGGCCGAUGGUCAGACAGUACAGCACCUGGUGACCUCUGACAACCAGGUCCAGUACAUCAUCUCCCAGGAUGGGGUCCAGCACCUGCUUCCCCAGGAAUAUGUGGUUUUCCCCGAGGGCCACCACAUCCAGGUGCAGGAGGGCCAGAUCACGCACAUCCAGUAUGAGCAAGGCGCCCCAUUCCUCCAGGAGUCCCAGAUACAGUAUGUGCCUGUGUCCCCAGGCCAGCAGCUUGUCACACAGGCUCAGCUCGAGGCUGCGGCACACUCUGCCGUCACAGCAGUGGCCGACGCUGCCAUGGCCCAAGCCCAGGGCCUGUUUGGCACAGAGGAGGCAGUGCCUGAACACAUCCAACAGCUGCAGCACCAGGGCAUCGAGUACGACGUCAUCACCCUGACCGAUGACUGAGCCCCAGGGGCUUGAUGCAGAUCAUGGAUACUGGGGCCGGCCCUCCUGGGAGUGGGGAACCCUCCAGGACUCACCUCCCCACUCCACUUAGGGUCUCUAUAUACUGGACAGCCAGCAUCUUGUCAGCCCAAGGGGGCAGACCUGUGCUGUGCAGUUGGGGGCAGCCACGGGCCCCAGCCAGGACAUGCUGGGUGCCCCGGCCUGCAGGCAGGCUUCGGGAGAGAACUUUAUUUUUGUUUGGGUGGACCCACUGGUCCUGCAGUCUUAAUAAAGGGACCAGAGUCCAGCCCUG